AUGGCGGACAAAUCACGCUCAUUGUUUCUGAUAUCUUGCUUUGUGCUUUGUGGCUUUGUUUUUUGUAACGAUGAGCUAAAAACUCUUGAUGAUACUACAUUUGAACAYCUAACUCAAGCUGCAACUGGUGCAACUACUGGAGAUUGGCUAAUUGUAUUUUUAAAUCCUCGUUCCUCUAGUUCGAGAAAACUGGAAAACCUUUUUAUCAAAAUACAGACAAAAUUCCAACAUAAGCUCAAUGUAGCAAAAGUUCUUYCGACAUCAAGUAGAUUGACAGUUAAAAGGUUUGAAAUAACCAAAUGGCCAUCAGUAAUGCUCUUUCACCAUGGCCGUCAGUACUACUACACAAGUGAACAUAAGGAAUCAACUCUUUCUCAAUUUGUGGAGUCAUUCCAAAAGUUUCCCAACAGAAAAGUGCCAGAGCCAAUUACAAUGUUUGACGUCAUGAUUGAAGAUCUUAUGGAUGAUGUCAAGCACAUUGUUCGCAUCAGAAAGAACGCUGCCAUUGUGAUCUUUUGCUCUGGGAUAUUGUUUGGUGUUAUAUUAUUGCAAGUCUUGAAGUGCAUUUUUGUAGGAAACAGAAACGAAGAAGUAGCAAAGAAUAUACAAUGUAAGAAAGAUGAGUAAAACGUCAUAGAUAAUAAAAUAAAAGUCAACUUGUUCUAACU